GCUGUUGAACGAGUUGAUGAAUUAAGCGGACAAUCCUGAAAACAUAUUGGACUCUUCAAGAUGGGGGAUUGUUGCAUGUCAGGUGAUGUCCGAGAAAGCUUCAGGAUUCACCAAGAAAUUGAGAGACAGUUGAGGAUGGAUAAGCGUGAUGCAUCCAGGCAGCUGAAACUAUUACUUUUAGGCACAGGAGAGAGUGGGAAGAGCACCUUUAUCAAGCAAAUGAGAAUCAUACAUGGCCGAGGCUACACAGAGGAGGACAGGAGAGCUUAUGCUAAGCUCGUAUUCCAGAACAUCUUUGUUGCCAUUCAAACCAUACUUCAAGCCAUGGAAAACUUCAACAUCCGCUUUGCUAAUCUCCAAAAUGCUACCUAUGCUGCAAAACUUAAAAAAGUGACACCAGAUACGGUACAAUCACUGGACUCUGAACAUGCUGAAGCCAUUAAGACUGUUUGGAAAGAUCGGGGACUGCAGACAUGUUAUGAACGCAGGAGAGAGUUCCAGAUAUCAGAUUCUGCAAAAUAUUACUUUGACGACAUUGACAGAAUCUCUGCAGCAUUUUACUUGCCAAGUCUGCAGGAUAUUCUACGAGUCAGAAUCCCAACCACAGGCAUCAUUGAGUAUGUCUUUGACCUUCAGACAGUCAUAUUCAGAAUGGUUGAUGUGGGAGGCCAAAAGUCAGAGAGACGCAAGUGGAUUCAUUGUUUUGAAAAUGUCACCUCCAUCAUCUUCCUGGUGGCUCUGAGCGAGUAUGAUCAGGUCUUAUAUGAGUGUGAGAAUGAGAACCGCAUGGAAGAGAGUAAAGCUCUAUUUAAAACUAUCAUCUCAUACCCCUGGUUCCAGGAGACCUCUAUCAUCCUCUUCCUCAAUAAGACAGAUCUCAUGAAGGAGAAGAUCUCAAAGUCGCACCUUGCAGACUAUUUUCCAGAAUAUAGAGGCCCUAAAAAUGAUGCAGAUGCUGCAAUGAAGUUUAUCCUGAGAAUGUACGAGCAACAGAACUCAGACACACAGAAACAAAUCUACGCACAUUUCACCUGUGCCACAGACACCGAGAAUAUCCGCUUUGUUUUUGAAGCAGUGAAGCAAACCAUUCUGCGGAACAACCUUUCGAUGUUUAAUUUGGGCUAGCCUAGGCGACGGAAGUGCUUUUACAUAUAAUGUGAAAUUGAAUAUUUUUUACUAGUUAAAUAAAAACAUAUUCAGUUAUAUAUAUAUGUAUAUAUAUAUAUACAUAUAUAUAAAAAAAUAUAUAAAUAUACUGUUAAAUGUAAUAAUGUUACGGUUGCUCAGUGAGCCACUUCUGAACAUCUCUCUAUGUGCGCAACACCGUUACAAAGUUCAUCCUUUUUAUCUAACAUGUUGCCUACUUGUUAUUGACAAAUGAUCCAAAAACUUCCCAGUAAAACGAUGCUACCUUCUCCUGAGCAAUUCCUACUUACAUGGAAAUUGUAAUUAUGAUGUCAUAAUUCCACUAAUUCAAGUCAUAAUUAUGAUGGUACAUGCGUUCAAGUGAUUUAGGUUGGAAUAAAACUGAUAAGGUGGGUAAAGUUGCCAACCAAAGACACAUAUGGCAGAAGUAGUAAGAGUAGUAUUGGUAGUAUGCCAUUCUGAACUCAGCAACUGAACCUUUGUUAAGCUCCGCCCCCCUUGGAUACCGUUGCUCACUCUGACAAGCUCUGAAGAAUUCACUAUAAGAGUGAAUGGGAGAUUGCCGUGAACGAUGCAGUUUUUGGCAAAAUAUUCUCAGAAACAGAAUGGAUAAUAUUUUUACGUGGCCUGGUAUGAAGAGUGACAUUGUAAAGCAGAUUUAUAUGUUUUUUGUUAAAGAAAUUGUUUAAUUACUCUGUGGAGACUGUGAAUCAGAAUCAAGGCAAACGAUUAUUAUAGUCACUUUAAAAGAGAAAAACUUAAUUUAAUAGCAAUUACACAUCUAAUAACAUUAGAGUAAUUGAAUGGAACUGUUUAUAACGUCUCAUGACAUACUCAUUUUGAUGCUGUGAACUGUUAUUUGCUGUCGCUUUUACUAUGACUUGAAUCAAUACAUAAAUGAAUUAACGUUCAGUUAUUAGCUUUAAUUUAACUUGGAGCAAAUGUAGGUGUUGAAAGACAAUAAAAAGACAACCUAGAAAACACAAGGAAGGGAAAUAUGAAGCAAGACAUGACAUGGGAAAUAGAUAUGACAAGAACAAAACAUGAAACAAGAACAGUCAAUUUUGUUUGGUUGUUCCUUAAAAACAGCUAAACGAUUAAGUUCUGGAAAUUUGAAACCAGUUUUUCAUCAAAAUUACACAAAAAUCAUUUUCAAGCAUUCAGCUCAGGAAGUCUGGGCUCAAAGAGAAUUCCAACUUUCCCACUGGUAUUUGUGACAUUGUGGUGGCAUACAUGUUCUCUCAUUAGGGACCAAGCCUUUGAAUGAAAAGUAAUGUAAGCACAGCGUAGUUCUAGCAGGAAGACUUGCAGUUGUACAUCAUCGCACCAUUAGUGGUGUAGUUCCCAGCCAAUCACACGUAAGCCGUUGCUUGAUAAGUCUGCUCACAAUCUAUCACAUUGCUGUUUCAGUGUGCUAACACGGCAACCUCCACCACCCCACCACCACAGGUUGAGUCAUUACUUUUCUGUUUUAUAUUAAUCUAAUAAAUGUCAUCUUAAAUUUCACUCGUCUGCAAGUCUUCCUGGUUGAAGUAUCUGUCUUUGGCAUCCUCCGUUCAACUUGCCAACUGUUUAGAAGAUGCAAUGAACAUUAAUUAUAUCCACACUAUUGGGGGGGCUUGGCCCCUUCAUGGCUGCUUACAGCUAUACCUUCAAAACAUUAUUAAUGGUAUCAGAUCGUCUAUAAAUGUUUUCAUCAACACUUCAUGGGUUCAGUGAAAGUCCACAUAUAGCCAUGUUAUUUUUCUUUCCCGCACAAGAUUUCAAUUAUUAUGAAAAAAGACAAACUUUGGAUCCAUGCAAAUCAACUAGCCACUGAUUUGCUAUUCAGAUAUUCUGCCCACCACUGACAUGGAUACUGGACAGAUGAUACUGUAAUAUCGGCAGACAGAACAUAUUCAUCAACAAUGUCACAAUGACCACAAUGUAUUUGGGUGGCUUGAUCUGACCUAGUUUACAUGCAAGAGAAAAUCUGCUGCUAAUCAUACAGUGAACUGGACAUUUUUAGUGGAACAUCAUAAUAACAAAACUGAUGUAUAACUUACAAAUGCAGUUGGUCUAAAUUUCUCAAAUGCAAAGGUUUCAAGGAACUAUUGCAAAUCAAAUGACUAAAUAACUGUAUUGUUGUAGUUUGUGUGAUUUAGGCCUUAGAUCACAGUAGGACAAAGAACACGGGGUGUCUGCCUAUUGCUUUGAUAUUGUGAAAGGGGAGUAACGAUUAAGUAUGUGAACAUUUUUUUAAAUUUCUGGCAGAAGCAGUAAGAGUAGAAUGGGUAGUAUGCCGUUCUAAACUCAGAUAAUGUCAAGAUAAUUUGUGCUGAUACGGGUUUCUAGUUCUUCCCUUUCUGAUAGUGUUUCCUCAAUUAAAGGGAGAGCUUCUGUUAUCAAUAACUCACAUUCCAAACUUCCUGAGAAUUUCUUAUGAAUUUCUUAUCUCAACAUGUUUUCUGUUUCAGUUUAAACAAUUCAAGCAUUCCUUUGCAACAAUGUAAUAAUGUACAGUACAUGCAACAGCAUAUAUAAAUGAUCUAACAGUCCAGAUGUAAAAUUGCAAUUUUUAGCUUUUGAAUAGAAAUAUUUGAACAUUACUAUUGUUUCUUCAUCUCUGUGCCUUGAAUCUCUUGAGUCAGUUUUUUGUAAGUAUUUAUUAAAGAGAAGUGUUUACUAUAAAUGUAAAAAUAUAUAUAAUAUUGUGUUGGCAUGUGAAAUUCUGUGUGCUGUUUAACACAAAAUAGGAAUACAAAUAUCUUAAAGAAAUGUUCAAGGUUCAGUAUAAGUUAAGCUAAAUCAACAACAUUUGUAGCAUAAUGAUGAUUACCACAAACAUUUAUUUUGCCUCGUUCCUCAGUUUCUAAAAAUGAUGCAGAUGCAGCAAUUAAGUUUCUCCUGAGAAUGUACGAGCAACAGAUAAAAUGUAAAAGUGCUGGCUAAUGCUAAAUGUUAAGAUUGUCAUUCAUGUUGGCACUAAAGAUGGCUGGCUUUGCCAGUAAGAGAUCACUAUAAAUAACAUUAAAAAGGUGUGUGAACUUGCAAAAACGAUGUUAGACACUGUAAUAUAUUAUGGCCCCAUCCCUGCUCAUUGUGGUGACAAGGUUUAUAGUAGAUUAUUGUCAUUGAAUGGUUGGAUGUCUGAUUGGUGUCCAGAGAAUAGCAUAGGAUUAAUAGAUAAUAGAAUAAUUUUCCAAUGGAUUCAUCCCUCCAGGGAAUGUGCCACUCUCCUCUCUAGUAAAUUAGAUAAUAAUCUUAAUAUUGAUAGUAUUUGACUAACUGGGUCCCAGGUCAGGAAGUGGACAGACUAGCUGAACCAUCCAUCUACUAGCUGCCUUAAGACAUCACACAAGUCACAUAAACUAAAACUCACACAGACUGUUUCACCUAGAUAUCAUAUAGAGACUGUAUCUGUUCCCUGAACUGCCAAACACAAAACCCUCAUUAAGUCAUUUCGAUUUUUUUUUAUUGCUGACAAACGUAAGAUAAACAUCUUAUAAAGGUGGGGCUACUAAACAUUAGAUCGCUUUCAUCAAAAGCACUGAUUGUAAAUGAAAUUAUUACAGAUCACGGUUUGGAUUCGCUCUGUUGGACAUAAACCUGGCUUAAACCGGAUUAAUAUAUUAGUUUAAAUUAGUCUACUAAACCAGGAUAUUGAUAUAAACAGGAGCCUCACCUGAAGGGUCAAGGAAGAAGUGUUGCUAGAAUAUACAGUGGAGGUCAGGAUACAAGAUUGAUUCUUUUGAAGUGAUAAUGCUUAAUGUGACAUUGUCUGAAAUUAAUAAUAAAAAUCUUUCUCUUGCUACAAUAUAUAGACCACCAGGAUCAUAUUAUGAUUUCCUUAGUGGUUUUGCAGAUUGUCUUUCAGAUCUAGUAGUUAUUUUGUAUACAGCUUUAAUUGUUGGUAACUAACAUUAACAUAGAUAAUGAAAAUACUGAGAUUACAUACAUUGGGAUUAGCAUUUAUCGAUAUUCUAAACUCUGUUGGGGUCAGAAAAAAUGUGACUGGACCAACUCAUCACCAUAAUCAUUGCAGAGAUGAUGUUGAUAAUAUAGCAAUUCUGCCACAAAUGACUAGUUAGGAAUUUCUUUACUGAUUAAAUUGAAACUUUCAGAAACAAAAUUACAUUUAUGCAACCAUCUCCCACAGCACCUCAGAAGACAGUGUCUCAUAGUUUUCCCUACAAGCAACUUCAGUCCUUCGCUGUUAUAUGUCAGGAAGAGCUAAACAAACUUAUUAAAGCAUAAAAGUGACAACAUGUAUGUUAGAUCCCAUACAUACUAAGCUACUGAAAGAGGUGUCUCCUGUACCUCUUCUCAGAACCUCUUCUUAAUAUUAAUAACUCCUCACUAUCUAUAGGGCAUCUCCCAUUUAUGUCAAAAACACUAGAAAAGGUAGUGUAAAUUAUGUAAAUAUUUUACAGAGAAAUGGUAUCUGUAAAGAUCUUCAGUCAGGAUUUUUACCCCAUCAUAGUACAGAGACUGCCAUUAUCAGCAGUGCCGGCGCUCCAUAUACGCAUAGUACGCAGUCUGCAUGGGGCACCAACUCCAUGGGGGGCACCAGAAACUCCACCCGCUGCCCUUACUUGCACAAUAUACGUUAUUCAGGGACCCGGUAGCAGUCACAGACCACAGAUGACCGCCUUGCACUCGCAAUUUCUUCAACUUGUAGUUAUGAUGCAUUAGUUAAGUCUGCUGGAACUGUAAAUACUUCUCAUAUUCUCUAACCCUGCUUUAAAGUGAAUGGCAUCUAUGCUAAUAUUAUUCUAUUUGUUCCCUGUCUCAACCUCGGGAUACAUAUCCUGAGGUUACCAGAGCAUAUGAAAUACUGCUCCAGGCCUGCCCGAUGUCCUAUGCUGCUAUGUACCACUGAUUAAUGACUACUUCCUGCAGCCUAUGCCAACCCGACAUCCCUUGAGUCUAUGAUGAUUGAGUAGUAGUAUUGAUGACUACUAACUGCUGCCUAUUAAAGACAGCCUAUCUCUACAGCCAGGCAUACACUAGAUAUAACUUCAGUCUAUGAUGAAAUUGUGUACUUCUGCAGUCAAUUCGGGAUGGACUUCAAAGACUUUUAUUCAUUAAUCUUAAAGUUCAUACAAAAUCCUUUAGUUUAAACAUUGGCCACCAACAUCUACUAAAUGUACUAAUUUAAACCAUGACUUGUGUUACACAUAGAUAACUAAUACUGGCAUUACAUUCAUGCUGUUUAGACAGAUGGGAAGAAGACUUGAAGACAUUACAGCUUCAUUUUCUGUUACAGCAUAAAUUUCUGUAAAGCUGCUUUGAGACAAUGUGUGUUGUAAAAAGUGCUGAACAAAUAAGACUUGACUUGACUUACUUAAUGGGAACUGAUGUAGUAUCUGAAUGUUAUCAAAUUCAACCUUAUUUCAAAAUCUUAACAGGAAUGUAAAUACAACUAUGUUCCAAAUACAAUUAUGUACUUAACAUGCUAAAUCUAAAAGCUAUUUUUGAGUAUGUUUUGGCUGAGGACUGUUAAGUAUGGU